GAGGGCCGACAACGAGGCCAGCGUGUCCUACUUUCUCUUCCACCAAUCGCCGUCAAGGCCUCGUGGAGCGAUGGAGUGAGAGCGACACAACGCGACCUCUUGCAGCACUUCACGCGGUGGUGUCCAGUUUCCACACAGUAUGGGUCACAACAGACCCAGUUUUCCAAGGAAAUAUUGGUUAUAUCGCCAAAGAAGAUUUGUCAUCAGCCCUUUAUCUUGUUUACAAGCGCGUGCUGCCGGCUGUGGGUGCUGACAACCAUCUGCUCGCUCCGCCAGGCAGGCGGCCAGUGUCCUGUGGCUGCAUUCAUCUUGGAGUGGAGGUGCCGUCAAGUGCUGUUUGCUGGAGGCAAACCAAGCAAAAAACGACCAUUUCUUGCAGAAAGAAGAUGGCUUUCAGUAUGUCUGUGCAAAGGGCUGUGUGUGCCUGCGGGAUGCUGACGAGGGCCGGAAGUGUCAGUGGUGCCGCACCUUCGGCCUUUGUGGUCACCAAACGAAGUUUUUCCGAAGAGCUGUACACCAGACUGACUGAGCGAGAGAGGUCGCAGUCAGUUACCUCGUUUUACUACCAAAGUGCCAUUGACCAGGCCGCUGGCAAGCCAUCUGUGCGCCUGACUCCAGCAGCCAUCCUUUAUGCUGGAAAGAGCCCGGACAAGAGUCAUAUUUUGAGAAGUGCUCAGUAUCUGAGCAAGGAGUUGCCAGUUCGAAUCGCACAUCGCAUCGCCGGCUUUCGUAACUUGCCAUUUAUAGUUGGUUGCAAUCCCAUUAUUCUGCAAGUGCACGAGCUUUACAUUCGAGCGUUCCAUAUCUUGUCCAGCUUUACACUUAUCAGGAACUUGCAAGAGGAGGAGAAGUAUGCAGAGACUGUUCGGCAGUUACUGGAUGACCACAAAGAUGUCGUCACUCAACUAGCUGAAGGCUUUUCUCAAGUCCGCAAGCACAUUGCUGAUGAAACUCUGAUCAAAUCUUUCCUGGAUCGAACUCUCACCUCUCGACUUGGAAUCCGAUUAUUAGCAGAGCAUCACUUAUCACUACAUGAUGAAAAGCCUAACCAUGUAGGUAUUGUGAAUGUGGCCUUUUCUCCCCGCAAAGUUCUAGAAAAAAGAGCUCAGUAUGUCAAGUCUAUAUGUGAGGGAAAGUAUGGAUAUGCCCCAGAGGUUUCGUUGAAUGGUCACCUGAAUGUAACCUUUCCAUACAUCCAGCCUCCUUUUGACUACAUCCUGACGGAACUACUCAAGAAUGCUUUCAGAGCAACUGUUGAAACGCAUGCCAACAAUCGUAACAAUCUGCCAGAAGUGGUUGUCACUAUAGCCAAUAAUGACAGUGAUUUUGUUAUCAGGAUUUCUGACCGUGGUGGUGGCAUCCCAAACAAGCUGAUGUCCAAAGUCUUUGAGUACAAUUUCACUACUGCAUGGUCUUCUGCAGAUGAAAUGGCUGAUGGGCACAUCUUUGAUGGCUUCAUGAACAAUCCACAGUCCAGCCCCAUGCCAGGAAAGAUGCAUGGGUAUGGCUUUGGACUACCUACAGCACGUGCUUAUGCAACAUACUUGGGAGGGAGCCUGACCAUGGAGAGCAUGCCUGGCAUUGGCACCGAUGUGUACCUACGCCUGGCUCAUAUUGAUGGCAAAACGGAAAGCUUCAGAAUCUAGAAGUUGUUUGUACCAUCUUCUGUCCUUCCUUUGAUUGUGUCAUUUAAAAAGAAAAGUUUACGAAACAUUGACACCAUUUUUUUUUUGUAAACAUUUCUUAUGCAAUGCAGAUGUGGAAUGCACACAAAAGAAAUAUGGAGAUAGUUAAUAGCAUGUCUUUCAUUCCUUGCCUUUUUUAGUUUUGUUUGUGCAAAUGAUUUAUGGUUCACUACAAUAUAUUGCCAUAAAACUAGUUUUUUUAUGUGAAAUAUUUCUGUAUGACAAUGUUUAAACUUGCUUUUACAUUGAUUAGGUGUCACGAGCAUGUUUGUCUUUGAGGUUGAUUACAAUGUGCACCUAUUUCUAGUCUGAGGAUAAGAACCAAACAUCUCUCCACAGAUGAUGGUAUUAACUAGCUUGCACUUCUCCACAGAAAUUGGUAUUGUGGGUCCUCAGAUGUUUGUACUUCUUUGCUUAAAAAGGCAAAGCCUUCGUAAACUGUGUACAAAUGUAUGAACAUGUGUUGUAAGAUAAAUAACUUUGUUUUUGUCAAAUACAUUUGUCCCAAUUUUAUUUUUAAAGUACCUAUAAAAAUAGAAAUCUCGUGCUUUGACUUUAUCCAUCAAUGAAGUUCAGCGACAUUUUUGAGGCUGCAAGAGGUGUAACUUGCUAUAAUAAACCCGAGUUCCUCAAUUUUCAGAAUAAAGUCAGCAUUUUCUGAAUGAAGUCAGAUCUCCCAAAUUUUUGUGUGCUUCUAAGCCAUGUUCAGAAAUUGUUUGCUCUAUGUAUUUUUCCCUCUCCACAUGAUUGUUGUAUAUUCCUACUGGAUACAUUGGUGCGGGUUUGGUUAAUGUCUUCUUUUUUUUUAACAAUUACUGCCCAUUAAUUUAAGCUGAAAAGUGAUGGCUUACUAUCACAUUUAUUUUGCCUGAAUUCAGUACUCUGUUAUUUACAAUGCAGUUUUUUGUAUCCCAAUGUUGAAAUGUAUGGUAGCUGGUCUAAUGACGUUCGUGCCUUCUAUGCUCUGCUGCGUAGUUUGCGUGCUACAAAAUAUGAGGCACUGUGAAAGUGAAAGAUGUGUGAAAUGAAAGAUUAGGCCUGUAAAAUGUGAAUGUUAGUCUCUGUAAUGCACAUAGAAAUUGUGAAGAUCAUAGGAUUGUGUCCUUGGGUGAGGUGUAAAAACUGCCAAAAACUAUUUUAAAAAAGAGAAAGGCACCAGCAGCCUGGUUGCAGCUGCACAUUACCAAGGCACUGGCCAGAUCUAGUCGGUUGUAGUGUUGCCUGAGGGUGAUGAGGUGUCACAUAGUUGUCAUUUUACACUGCGUACUUGUGUCUCAUACAUUCCCAGUCUACCUGACAAUCAUAAUAAAUAUUGGGAAUUGUGUGAAACUGUAAUUUUCUGUAUAGUGUUUGAUCGAGAAUGCGCUUUACUGAUGGUGGGCCAUUAAAAAUUAUUGAGGAGUCUGUAUAAUCCAUUUUUGACAAGCAGUAACCAACAUGUAGGGUUUUUUUUGCAACCUGUAUUUUGUAUGCAAAGUACUGUAUGGUGUCUCAACAGUGAGAUUAUACUUGAUUUUGUACAUACAUGUACGCACUUAUUUGAUCUAAUAAUAAGCAAUGACUGUAUUUUUUAACACUUCAUACAUUUUCAUUCCUGAUGAAAAGAAAAUUAUAGAAGCCAAAUCCUACUGCAUACAUUCAUGAAACAAAAUGACAAAGCUGCAUUUGUCUUUCCCUCAUCCCGUGUGCGUGGCGGUCAUUUUACUGCUUUCUCUGGUGAAAAGAAUAAGUUUUCAAAACAUGGAUCACAGUGGAAAAAAUCUCAAAAUAUUGAUGGAUAUUACACUAAUCCCUCUGGAGCAUGAGAUCAUGAUGACAUAUUUUUCAAGCUCUUUGCUGUAUGAAGCAGUUAUUAGAAUUUUGGAGAAAAAACUAAAACUAGAGCUCUACUAUUUUCUGAUGCCAAGGGAAAUUGCAUAUUUUUAAUAGCAAAUAAUCAUUCUGUUUACUUUUAAGAAAAGUAGGCGUUGUUUCCACAGAAAUGAGGCUUUGACUAUAAUAAAAAGAGAUCUGUAACCUGCCUGAUAUUGAAGACUAGGUGUUAGUGGGUGUUGUCUUGCACCACUACUCCAGAUGUUUGCAUAGAUCAGACUUGUUUUUGUUUAAACAAUAUUGACAGUCACCUGUUGUCCUGAUUGAGCCCCGUAUGUCCUCAAGCAUGUGAUAAAUUGUGUGGAGAUAUUUCAAGUUUUGCGGCCCUGAUUUUCCUUCGUUUUCAAAACCAUACUCAUACCAUAUUCUAGAGUUGCUACAGAUGAAAUAGUAGCAAUAAUAAUUAAAAGCAUCUUUCUAAUUGUAGCAUCUGUUUUUGUAAAGACAUGCUGAUGCAUCUUGUGCACUUCUGUUACACUCUUUCAUUAUUUUGAGUCUAUGGUGUUCCUGGCUUUGAAAAUGAGGGGCCAUCUGAGGAAAGGACAUGUAGAGAGUGAGUUUAGCUGAAUGAAGAGUGUCUUCAUGUCACAGGUUUUACCCAUCAAGCCUGGUUUAUAAUUCAGGUGGUUUGCCCUAAAUUUUUAUAUAUUGUUAACUAGUGGUUUGAGAUUAUGUUGGGUCUGUCUGAUACAUAGAAUCUCCCAGAUUGCUUUAGUUUUUCUAACAACAAUUUUUAAAUAUUUUCAUGUUGUGAAAAGUGAUUCCUUUUGAUAUAGAAUGACAUUUAAAAAUUCUUUUAUUUAUAUCAUCCAGCUAGAGACUAGCAGCACAAAGUCAAAGAUAUUGUUAGUGAGGAGGCAGUACUUCAUAUUUUGAUAUGUUCUACCCAAAAUGUAUUAAGUGCCAGUGCCAAGAUUGUGACGUGUUUCAUCAAAGAGAACAUGUUGGAACGCUGAGAUUGGAGUAUAUCUGUGAUAAAUGUGAAAUUAUGUGUAGAGAGCUCUGGGGGAGGUGCUGAUUAUAGUGUGCUUGUUGAUGACCAAAUCUUCAAGUCCUUAAGGCUAUUCUUAACUGGGCAAAGCGACAAACCUAUCAGUCCCAUAUCCCAAACCUAUCAGUGCCAUAAUGAAAAAAUAAAAGUUUCGACUUAGCGUGUUGACCAAAGUUCCAAUGUCCAGAACAUUCGCCCCAAAACUGUUGACGUCCUGUGACUUUCAAAGACAACUUUGCCAAACUUGGUCAUUCUACAAUUUUGCCUGUAGACUGAAUAUGAUCUGAUCAUGUACAUCAGUGUGUCAUAGCUUCACGUACCAGACUUCAUCAUAGAAAGGUCAUAGGAGAAUGUUUUUUUAAGCUGACAGUAUGUGUGGUUGCUUAUUACUUUGGCAGAUUGUGCACAGCUUAAAAAACAUUUUGUCUAAGUAUUCCCCAUCACCUUGCUCUGAAAUCUGCUUGUUCUGAUGGUCACCAUUCUAUCUCUGUACGAGUAUAAAAAACGCAAAAUGAAA